UGUUUCCAACGAGGCGGAAGUUGGUGUUGAGAGCGUGAGGGCCAGGGCAAGGUGGGCAAGGCACUGCUGGCAGAGGGCGAGCCGCUCCCCGGACCCGGUUGUUGUGUUGGUUCAGGCCGGUUGGCGGUAACUAGUGCUGGCUGAUGUCUGACCCUGACUCCCGGGAUUGUAGCGCGCGGGGCUCCACAGAUUACGACUAAAACUGUACGUUCCCGGCGAACCCCUCCCUCUGGAGUCGUAUGUAACAUUAAGGAAAAACACUGGGAGGCUUAUUGUCAUAGCGUCAGGACUUUGUCCAUAAAUUCUUUAGGAUGAUGUCCUUGCUCCAGCCAUCUCGCCAUCAUAGUCUGCUGUGAGACUGUACCAGCACGUGAAUUAGGUGUGGAAGAUGGCAGUGGAAGGAAGGCUGCCGUCCUGAUCUGGUUUGGAUGUGACCCAGAUGUGCAAUAAUUAGGUUGUUUCGUAAUUGUUCUCUGAAGUGGCCAAGCAAGCAACUCAGUUCCUGGGUAUAUUGGGAUAAGACCAUAAGACAUAGGAGCAGAAAUUAGGCCAUUCGGCCCAUUGAGUCUGCUCCGCCAUUCAAGCAUGGCUGAAUUAAAAUCUUACUACCCCUUGGAACUUUGAGACAUACCUAUGCUGCAGUGAUUUGGAUAUUCUUCUGGUAUUUAAAAGCAACGUUGCUGGUGUGGAUUUUGUUUUGUGGUAAAUAUGCCUGUAGUUAGAAGGCUCUUGAGAAAACGAUACUUGCCCUGGAAACUUGUACUCGUAGCUCUUGUGUUUAUCACGCUUAUAUUCCUGAUGCAUAGGGAAGUAGUUGGUACUACUACACAAGAGCCAUGGCUGAAAGAAAUGGUAAUAAAGAAAGAUAAUGUGUUGAACAUGAUGAUGGGAGCAGUGAACAAUCUAAGAGACUCUAUUCCAAAAAUGCAAAUACGAGCACCUAACAGACAGCAAGACUCAACAGACACCAAAAAACCCUGUUUGCCAGGAUAUUACACAGCAGUAGAAUUGAAACCUUCCAUGGAGCGGCCACCUGAGGAUUCAAAUGCCCCAGGAGCUUCUGGGAAGCCAUUUCACACUGAUAAUCUGUCCCCGGAGGAACAGAAGGAAAAGGAUCAAGGAAAUGAGAAACACUGCUUUAAUGCUUUUGCAAGUGACCGAAUUUCUUUACAUAGAGGCCUUGGACCUGAUACACGACCACCUGAAUGUAUUGAGCAGAAAUUUAAGCGCUGUCCUCCCCUGCCUACUACUAGUGUGAUUAUAGUGUUUCACAAUGAAGCUUGGUCUACGCUACUCCGAACUGUUUUCAGUGUAAUGCAUACUUCGCCUGCUAUAUUUUUGAAGGAGAUAAUUAUGGUGGAUGAUGCGAGUACAGAUGAUUACUUGAAGGAUAAAUUAGAUAAUUACGUGAAGCCGUUUCAGAUAGUUAAAGUUGUUCGGCAACGGGAAAGGAAAGGAUUAAUUACUGCAAGAUUGCUAGGAGCCUCCGUAGCAACGGGAGAGGUCCUCACCUUCUUGGAUGCGCACUGUGAAUGCUUCAAUGGUUGGUUGGAGCCUUUGUUGAGCAGAAUAGCUGAGAAUCACACAGCUGUGGUGAGUCCUGAUAUCUCCAGCAUUGAUCUCAAUACAUUUGAAGUGGCAAAACCAAAUCCAUAUGGACAAAAUCAUAAUAGAGGUAAUUUUGACUGGAGUCUAUCAUUUGGAUGGGAAUCCCUUCCUGACCAUGAGAAAAAAAGGAGAAAAGAUGAAACUUAUCCCAUCAAGUCACCAACAUUUGCUGGUGGACUAUUUGCUAUCUCCAAACAAUAUUUUGAAUUCAUAGGCAGUUAUGAUGACCAAAUGGAAAUUUGGGGUGGUGAAAACAUAGAAAUGUCAUUUCGCGUUUGGUUAUGUGGAGGACAGUUGGAAAUUCUGCCGUGUUCUGUAGUGGGCCAUGUAUUUCGCACCAAAAGUCCACAUACAUUUCCCAAAGGUACUCAAGUGAUAGCUCGCAACUUGGUCCGUCUGGCAGAAGUCUGGAUGGAUGACUAUAAACAGAUAUUUUACAGACGAAAUCAACAGGCAAUGCAGAUGUCUAAAGAGAAAACAUAUGGAGAUAUUACUGAAAGACUAGAGUUAAAAGAGCGUCUCCAUUGUCAUAAUUUCACUUGGUACUUGAAGAAUGUUUAUCCUGAAGUGUUUAUGCCAGAUAUGUCUCCUGUACAUUAUGGGUCGAUUAAAAACCUAGGUUUGGAGACUUGCCUGGAUGCUGGAGAAAAUAACCAGGGUGGAAAACACUUAAUUAUGUAUUCUUGCCAUGGUCUUGGAGGAAACCAGUACUUUGAAUACACCUCGCUGCAUGAAAUUCGUCAUAAUAUUCAGAAGGAGUUGUGUAUUCAUAACCUAAAAGGCAAUGCUCUUCUUGAGGAAUGCACAUAUAAAGGUUCAAAUAGUUUUGUUUCAGCUGAGCAGAAAUGGGAAUUUCAGGACAAGCAUCUAGUAAAUCAAGUUUCAAAUGAGUGCUUAACUGCAAGAGGGGACAAGCCAAACUUAGUUCCAUGCAACCCUUCUGAUCAAUACCAAAAAUGGAUUUUCAGCUAAUAAACAAUGUUGCUUGAAGACGAAGUGAAGAUUAAGCACAUGUUUUGCAUCAGGAGAUAUUUCAUGGAUUGCAACACAAAUGAACAAAGUAGUUUUUGUAACUGAAACAUAUUUAAGAACAUUCUUCGUUCUGAAAUGAAGCAUAUUGCACUUGAAGUAUUAGAUGGUGCUAGGGUAUCUUGCUGUAUUUCUUCCUCAACUGUCAAAACAUUUUUUCAUUUUUUAUUCUUUAUAUGGUGUAUAAUGUUGGGGCAGAGUAAGGUUUUGAUCCCUGUCAUUACACACUUCAGUAAUUUUAAUGUGAGGAUAAGUGGUAAACUACAGUUUGAGUUUUCUGCUUUGUAUAUCUUUUUGGGAUUUGGGUAUAUACUUAAUUAUUUCCCUUCAUGAGAUACAAAAAAUAUGGCUGGGAAUGUUUUUGUCUGCAUGAACCAUGUGAAACUACAUUUUAAAAGAAAGGUUAUUUUUGAAAUCACAUUUUAAAGUAUUUGUAUGAUUUGAUACUUUUUGGCCUGAUUAAGUUCAUAAUUUAACAAUUACAAAACAUGCUUCCAGUACUGUAUCAGAGAUAGUUGGAACUGUAGAUGCUGGAGAAUCUGAGAUAACAAGGUGUAGGGCUGAAUGAAUGCAGCAUCAUAGGAGCAGGAAAGCUGACGUUUCGGGCCUAGACCCCCCUCCUUCAUUUUUCUGAAGAAGGGUCUUGGUGCGAAACGUCAGCUUUCUUGUUCCUGUGAUGUUGCUGGGCCUGCUGUGUUCAUCCAGCUCUACACCUUGUUAUUCCAGUACUGUAUCAUGUCUUUAGGUUAUUUAUGAGAUACUAAUAAUGUGUCACAAUGGCCAUUUUUAUUGUAAUGCAACUACAGUUGCAAGGGUCUUUUGUACAGAGGUGUUCAAAUUUCUUUGAUAAAUCAGUCUCUCCAGAAACUAUUUAUGAUUUUCAAAUCCAGUUUUCAAUAAAAUGUCAGUUUUUACACUAUGAAGU